AUGUCGUCCAUCCUGCCCUUCACCCCCCCGAUCGUGAAGCGCCUGCUGGGCUGGAAGAAGGGCGAGCAGAACGGGCAGGAGGAGAAGUGGUGCGAGAAGGCGGUCAAGAGCUUGGUGAAGAAGCUCAAGAAGACGGGGCAGCUGGACGAGCUGGAGAAGGCCAUCACCACGCAGAACGUGAACACCAAGUGCAUUACCAUCCCCAGGUCACUGGAUGGCCGGCUGCAGGUGUCCCAUCGGAAGGGGCUUCCCCACGUCAUCUACUGCCGCCUGUGGCGAUGGCCCGACCUGCACAGUCACCAUGAGUUACGGGCCAUGGAGCUGUGUGAGUUCGCCUUCAACAUGAAGAAGGAUGAAGUGUGUGUAAAUCCUUACCACUAUCAGAGAGUAGAGACACCAGUUCUACCUCCAGUGUUGGUACCACGCCACACCGAGAUCCCGGCCGAGUUCCCCCCGCUGGAUGACUACAGCCAUUCCAUCCCUGAGAACACUAACUUCCCCGCUGGCAUUGAGCCCCAAAGCAAUAUUCCAGAAACCCCACCCCCUGGCUACCUGAGCGAAGAUGGAGAAGCCAGUGACCACCAGAUGAACCACAGCAUGGACGCAGGCUCUCCAAACCUAUCCCCGAAUCCGAUGUCCCCAGCACACAAUAACUUGGACCUACAGCCAGUGACCUACUGUGAGCCAGCCUUCUGGUGCUCCAUCUCCUACUACGAGCUGAACCAGCGAGUUGGGGAGACAUUCCAUGCCUCACAGCCGUCCAUGACGGUGGAUGGCUUCACUGAUCCCUCCAACUCCGAGCGCUUCUGCCUGGGCCUGCUGUCUAAUGUCAAUCGGAAUGCAGCUGUGGAACUUACGAGGCGGCACAUUGGGAGAGGCGUGCGGCUCUACUACAUCGGAGGGGAGGUCUUCGCCGAGUGCCUCAGCGACAGUGCUAUCUUUGUUCAGUCACCCAACUGCAACCAGCGCUAUGGCUGGCACCCUGCCACGGUCUGCAAGAUCCCCCCAGGCUGCAACCUGAAGAUCUUCAACAACCAGGAAUUUGCUGCUCUCCUGGCUCAGUCUGUCAACCAGGGCUUCGAGGCCGUCUACCAGCUGACGCGAAUGUGCACCAUCCGCAUGAGCUUCGUCAAAGGCUGGGGAGCCGAGUACAGGAGACAGACAGUGACCAGUACCCCGUGCUGGAUCGAGCUGCACCUGAACGGGCCUUUGCAGUGGCUUGACAAGGUCCUCACGCAGAUGGGCUCUCCAAGCAUCCGCUGCUCCAGUGUGUCUUAGAGAUAC